AAUUGUGAUAUCCAAAAAAAGUACCUUUUAACUGAACUAAAGACAAUAAAAACAACAUUUAAACAAAAAUAGCUAAGACAGUUUCUAAACACUACUCAAGUACCUUAAAUACAAAAAGUGAUUCAUAUAACAAACAACGUACGACAGUGACCAAAAUAGAGGCCCUUUUAGGCUAUCAAACAAAGGCAUAACCGGAAAUAAAUCUCCUUCUUCGCAUUAGCAGCUAAAGCGUGACAUUGUGUCCACACUAUGGAUUUAUCACAAGAUAUGCGACGCAAUUCCUUUUCAUCCCAGCAAAAUAUAGCCAAUGACGUAAUUGCUGACAUUUAUGUGGCAGCUGAUGUGGCCGAUGAGUUUGUCUCCUUCACCACGGAUAUGUCAUUAACCAGAAGAAAUAUCAAUGGAGCCAGUGACAGCCUAACACCAUCACCGCGAACCGCCUCCAAAGGUGGUGGCAUUAACAAACGUGAGCCACACCAUUCCAGCAAGCGUAGCUAUUCUGUGGAUGCAAUAAAAUUCCAAUAUCCUCAGACUCAACAGCAGCACUUGCAACGUGAAUCUCAACCAGCAACAAAGGAUCAUGGCCCCGAAGCGCAGGAUUGUGUGGCGUCCAAUGCAACUAUCACAACGACAACAUUCACAUCCACUGCAGCCUCAACGUCAGCAACAACAUUUGUCAAACCACGUCAACGCAGCCAAUCGGCACAAUUUCUUUCGGGCCAUUUGUGUGCCAUGGAUAAAUCCUCCACCAUGGACCAAAUUCCAUGCGAACAUCAUGAGGAAGAAGAUGUCAUGCGAGAGGAUUAUGAGGAUAGUACAUUCAUAGAUUCCAUGAUAGCCGAGUACAACUUUCCCAUGGAGGACUACAACAACAAUAAUGACAACAAUACCAGCCACCAUUUUAGCGAGGAUGAGGAGGACAAUACAAAUUAUCAUGACCUAUUGGAGGACAACGAGGGUGGAGGUGAUCACGAUUAUGGUGAUGUGCUGGCUACUUCACCACCACACACUGAUUGCCAACAGGACACCACUGGUGACAUUACGCAAGCCUCAAGUUUCGAUGAUGACUGCUAUGUGUUCGACAAUGCAUGUGCCAUACGUAAUGAAAUUUUCGUUAAUAGAUCCCUACAUUUGGAAAAUAUCAAAUUCUAUGGCUUCGAUAUGGACUACACCUUGGCAGAAUACAAAUCGCCACAAUAUGAACAGCUUGGAUUUGAUUUGGUCAAAGAGCGUCUCGUUAGCAUGGGUUAUCCCAAAGAGAUAAUGCAAUUCGAAUAUGAUCCAUCAUUCCCCAUCAGAGGUCUAUGGUUUGAUACUUUGUAUGGCAAUCUCUUGAAAGUUGAUGCCUAUGGCAACAUUUUAGUUUGUGUCCAUGGUUUUGAAUUUUUGAAACAUUCUCAAGUUUAUGAAUUGUAUCCCAAUAAGUUUUUAAAAUUAGACGAAUCACGCGUAUAUGUCUUGAAUACUCUGUUCAAUUUACCUGAAACUUAUUUGCUGGCCUGUUUGGUGGACUUUUUUACAAAUAGCUCGGAAUAUACAGAAGAUCGUACUGGUGUCAAGGCUGGCGAGUUAUUCAUGUCCUUUAAUUCGAUAUUCCAAGAUGUGCGUCGUGCUGUUGAUUGGGUGCAUAUACAGGGUGAUUUGAAGAAACGCACCGUUGAGAAUCUAGAUUACUAUGUCAAAAAGGAUCCCCGUUUGCCCAUGGUCUUGGCUCGCAUACGUGAAUCGGGCGCCAAGGUCUUCUUGCUUACCAACAGCGAUUACAAUUUCAGCAAUAAAAUUAUGACUCACAUCUUUGAUUUUCCACAUGGCGCCAAACCCGAAGAACCCCAUCGUGAUUGGAAGACCUAUUUCGAUGUAAUUGUAGUGGAUGCCCGCAAACCUUUGUUCUUUGGCGAGGGCACAAUUCUACGUCAGGUGGACACUGAGACGGGAGCUUUGAAAAUUGGCACACACAUGGGUCCCCUGCAACCGGGCCAAGUGUAUUCGGGUGGUUCGUGUGAGGUCUUUACCAAUUUCAUUAAUGCCAAAGGCAAGGAUGUGCUGUACAUAGGUGAUCACAUUUUUGGUGAUAUCUUAAAAUCGAAGAAAAUUCGUGGAUGGCGUACCUUCUUGGUGGUGCCCGAAUUGGUGCAGGAGUUGCAUGUGUGGACCGAUAAAUGUCAAUUCUUUGCUGAACUGCAGCAGCUGGAUUGUCAAUUGGGGGAUAUGUACAAAAAUCUCGACUCCAGCAACAAGGAAAAACCCGAUAUUUCCAAAUUGCGUGCCUCCAUACGCGAUGUCACGCACAAAAUGGAUAUGGCCUAUGGCAUGAUGGGCUCUCUUUUCCGUUCGGGCUCACGUCAGACUUUCUUCUCCAGUCAGGUGGUCAGAUAUGCCGAUUUGUAUGCAGCCACCUUCCUCAAUUUCAUUUACUAUCCAUUCUCCUACAUGUUCCGUGCCCCGGCCAUGCUAUUGCCCCAUGAGUCCACUGUGGCCCAUGAGCAGCGUUACCAAAUUGAGGCACCCAUGAUACAGAGAGCCAGAUCCGUUAAAGCCGAUUCCAUAGCCAGUACUUCAGGAACCACAGAUAAUGGAGGCGCCUCCGAAUUGGCAGCUGUCGCCAAGGCAGUGCACAAGGAAACAGAGCCAGCAGAGGAAACUACUGUCACUGUACCCCACACUAGGCCCAGUACACCCCGCACUGUCACCCAUACCCAUGAUGAGGAUUACUCCGAAGAGGAAUCCGAUCUCAAUAACAAGAGUGAUGGUGAAAACAAUCAAGAUUCCCCUUCAGCUGGCAAAAAAGAGGCUCGCAAAACUCCCAAAUAAACUCUUAGAAUUCCUCCCGCUAUGCCCCCCCACCCCCUCAACAAAUAAAUAAAAACUCUUCCCCCUUUUCCAUACUAAGUAAAAAUAUGUUAUAUGUUCAAGCAAAGCACGGUUGAUCCGUGGCUUUCUAAAAAUUAAAAAAAAAAGUUAUUGAAUUCUAUUGUAAUCCCCCUUCCCUACAAUUUAUAAGGAAUUUGUAUUGAUGAACUCAAAGAUUUUAUUUUGUUAAAUGGACGAUUUUAUUAAUUCAUACCUUUAAAGGGAAAACUCCAUCAUAUAUACAUACUGUUUAUCUACUACUGUUCCAUAUUUUUUUCUUUUUAUUUUUGUUUUUAUAUUGUCGUAGUAUGGCAAUGAUUGCGAUAUUAAAUGAUUUGCCAUACUCUUGUAGAAUGUAUUCCAAGUUUUGUUUUUCCAAUGUGAUGAUUGAUAAACGUUACAUACAAAAGAAAUUUUUAUACACGUAGACAAGAAUGUGAACUUGACAUUAUAUGAAAUUCUAAUAAAAAAAAUAAUAAUUAUUAAAAAUGUUUGAAAA